AUGAAUAUUUUAUCAGUAGUAUAUAAUGCUCAAAUAUUGUCAAAUCGAUCUCCAUCUGUUGAUAGACCUAAAGUUCAAAAAUCAUCUAAUGGACUUACUGGCAUUGGAAAUACUGUAGUGGAUAUUCAAAUUAAUGGAGCUUUAUUGGCAAAUGCAAAAACAGAUCAACUGAUCAAAUGGAAUCCUAUUUAUGAAAAUUUUAAUUCAAUUGAAUACAUACAACUAUCUAUUACUAUCCGUCGUUUGAUUAAAAAAUUGGUUAAACUGGCUAUUCCUUCAGGAUCCGAUGAUGGAGAUUUUGGAAAAGUUAUACUUUCUAAAGUAAAUAUUCCUAUUACAGAAUCUCAAGUGUUUGGUGGAGUGACAGCCGCGCUGUCAGUGAGGUUUUUAUAUCCUAAUGCACAAAAACUAAAUAUCGAUUCAAUAAUGGAUCAUUUAAAAUCUGAUUAUGUUCGUAAUAGCGAAAUAUCAUCCUUGAAAAUCAUCCAACUUAAAGUGAAUGUGACAAUCGACACAAUGAUAGUGAAACCAAUAUACCGAACAGAUGAGAAAGAAAACACACCAAGAGGUAAGAAAGAAACAAUCAUAUAA